CAGCUGGGCUUCUUCUUCGAACAAAAGCGCUGUGCUGUGACUGAGCGAAACCACACACUGACGGUGAAGAUGAUAAACCUUUCAAUUGCUUCGCCUUCGAGCGUUUCGUUCCCUUCUAAAUUUCUUAGCUCGACCUCCAAAUCCUCCUUCAAUGGCCGUCAAAUCCGUUUCCCAUUUUCGUUUCGCGUUCCUCCUAAAACAGCAUCUACCGGAGGCCGCAAUUCGUUGGUGGUAAUGAUGGCGAAGAGGGAGGAGGAGUUGAAGGAAAUCAGAACGAAAACUACUGAGGAAAUAAACGAAGAGGUCAUCGAUCUUAAGGGUGAACUUCUCAUGCUUCGGCUUCAGAAAUCAGCUCGCAAUGAGUUUAAGUCCAGCGAAUUCCGCCGCAUGCGCAAACGGAUUGCUCGGAUGCUAACCGUGAAACGUGAAAGAGAGAUUGAAGAGGGAGUGGGCAAAAGGCUGUCAAGAAAGCUAGACAGAAAGUGGAAGAGAAGUAUUGUGGUCAGACCACCUCCAUCUUUGAAGAAGUUGCGAGAGGAAGAAGCAGCCGCUGAAGAAGCUGAGAAAUCUGCUUGAUCCAAUCAGAUAUACUCUCAAUCAAUAUUGUGGCUUUAUGAGUUUCUGAUUUUUUUUUUAUUUUCCCGAAAAAUUCUUAUGUUGUACUUAGAUUAUGCAUAAAUGGGAACAUAUUCUGAAUAAUUCUAAUCUUCAAAUUGAAAAUUCUAUUACUUA